AUUUAAUAGCCGACUCGGCUGCAUAGUGCAUUUACUAAGCUCUAGAAAUACCAGGCGUGUCUCAAAUCGGUUGUCGUUACGCACAGAUGCCGGCCAACAGCUCGGAUAAUGUAGCGGCAAGGUGCCAACAUGAAGGCGGGGGCGCAGUGCUCGCUAGAAUGAUUUUCACAUAAACACUAGUCGUGUUUCAGCAUUCAAGGAAACGCACUCGUGGAUCCCACCGGUUGCAGCCUCCCAUUUGGUGUCAAAACACAACGCGCUACGCCCUCACUGAGUCACCAUGCCAGUCAACCCAAGCUCCGUCCCAGAUUUCGACGACCUGCCCAAGGUUGAGGGCAUGCCACAGGGCUGUGCCUGGGGUGUCUUUGACCAGAAUGGCAAGAAGGACUUUGUCGGUACCCUUAACUUCUUGACCCCAGAGAUUGUCAAGGCCGCUGCCGCAGAGGUCAAGGAUGGAGUAUCCAUUUCUCUCAAUUGGCCCCUCAACGGCUUGACCAGACUCGCUCUCACUGGCCGCGGCCCUGCAAAGCACAAUGUGAUAUACCUCCCCGAUGCUUGGGGUGAGGCGGUGGUGCCCCCCGACGCGCCAAGUUGGGACGACGAGCUGUCGUUCAACACGCAAAGCAGCAGCCAGUGGGAUAGCCUCGCCCACGUUCAGCACCCCGGGUCGGGCCUCGCCUACAACGGAAACAAGCCCACCAAGGAGAACCUCUCCGCCGAGACGACCGCCGCAAACACUCAGCCAACUCUGGACCACUGGCACGAGCAUGGAGGCCUCGCCGGCCGCGGCGUUCUUCUCGACUACAAGCUCUACGCUGAGGAGACUGGCUUUUCGUUCCACCCUUUCGCGGGAGACCUUAUAACCGUGGACAAUCUCGAGGCCUGUGCCAGACACUUUGGCGUCGAGUUCCGCUAUGGCGACGUGCUCCUCGUGCGCACGGGUGCGACCGAAGCCAUCUCCAACCCAACACCCAAAGACUUGGAGAUGAUGGAAGCGCAUCGCCAGAGCGGCCUUGACGGCACCAUCAACACGGCUCGUUGGCUUUGGAACAGGCGAUUCGCGGCCGUAGCUUCUGAUGCGAUGGCCCUUGAGGCGUGGCCACCUGUCAAGGCCGAUGGCACCCACGGUAACCUUGGUGACGUUGUCAUCCACCACUACAUGCUGAGCCUGUUUGGCAUGUCCAUCGGCGAGCUGUGGGACCUGAGCAAGCUGUCAGAGUACUGCGCCAAAGCGAAGCGAUACUCCUUUAUGAUCACGUCGAUUCCGUUGAACAAUCCUUGCCUCAUUGCCUCGCCGCCCAAUGCUUUGGCCAUACUAUAAUUGACGCCUUUAGAUGGCUUCUAGAUAGUGGAGAGUACAAUGGCGAGGCCCGAGAACUAGGCAGGCUACCUGUUACGUAGGGUAAAGUCGGUGACUACCGCUGAGUAUAAUGGGAAUUUAUACGAAGUAAGCAUCGGAUGCAAUGAAAUAUAUCGCGUCAAUUUU